GUCAUUUGUGAUCGACAUCAUAAGUGAUCAACAGCGAUCAUGAACUCUCUGGUACUGCUUUUGCUUGUGGGAGCUUGUUUAGCUCUGCAUCGUCACAAGAUUGUUGAAGAGUAUGAGGGGUGUACAUCCUACCCCAAGCCUUGGCAAGCAUCUCUGAAUGUCGGCUAUCACUUCUGUAGUGGUUCUCUGAUUAGUCAGAACUGGGUUGUGUCUGCUGCUCACUGCUACAAAUCUCGUCUGGAGGUUCGUUUGGGUAAGCCCCACAUUCAGAAUAAUGAGGGUACUGAGCAGGUGAUCGUCUCAUCCAAAGUAAUCCGCCAUCCCAACUAUAGCUCCUGGACUGGUGACAGUGACAUCAUGCUCAUCAAGCUGAGACAACCUGCUACUUUGAAUAAUUAUGUCCAGCCUAUUGCGCUACCUAACAGCUGUCCUGUUGUGGACACCUGGUGCACAGUCUCUGGAUGGGGAAACUAUGGAAGCUCCACUGCCGAUCACACCAAGCUGCAGUGUCUAGAGGUCCCUGUUCUCUCUGACUGGGACUGUAAAUAUUGUUACCAGACCAAUAACAUGUUCUGUGCUGGGUUCCUGGAGGGAGGCAGGGACUGCUGGGGUGACACUGGUGGCUCUCUGGUGUGUAAUGGUGAGCUGCAGGGUAUUGUGCCUUGGAACUAUAAAUGCAGUGAGAAGAACUGCAUUGGUGUCUAUGUCAAGGUUUGUGUUUUCACCAGCUGGAUUUCUCAAGCAAUGGCCAACAGUUAAAUUUGCCCCAGCCUCCUGUACACAAUGUACGAUAUGAAGGAAUAAAAUGAUCAUGUUUCA